AUGGGAGAAGUAGAUGUAUCUUUGGAAAUUAAGCUUAUGCAGAAUUUCAUAGAUGUAGGUUUAAAAAUGUUAGGUAUAUUAGACUGGAAAUUUUUGGACUCAGCUAAUACUACUCAUUUUAUAACUAAGAGAAUAAGAAACAUUUUGAGAGAUAUACUGCUAAAUAAAUCAACUGAAUACUGGAGGUAUGAACAAACUUUCUUGAUCCUCCUCAAACUUAGUUCUAAGAUAAAUCCUUUUAAAAAAAUUAGAGAAAACAUAUCUAAAAAUUGGGAAAAAAUUAUUUCUAGUAUUUUAAAGGUAUGGGAUAUUAAAUAUAAAGAUAAUGGCUUAGAAUUAUUAAAGAAUAAUUCAAUUUUAAUAGAUAUAAAUUAUGAGACUAUUGAUAGUGUAGAUGCAAGAGCCUUAUUGUAUAUAAGAAUUGGAGGUACAAUAUUCUCUUUGUUUGAUGCAGUAAAACUUUUUACUAUAGAUUCUGAAUUAUAUAAUAAAGAUAUAAAAGUCUUAUUACCAUGUGGGAGAUUUAUGUCACCUGAAUUAAUUGUAUCUAAUAUACCAGGUAAUGAAAGAUGUACAGCAGAAAAUACUGAUCCAUCAACUAGUAAUCUUGAUAUUGAUAUAUCUGUAGAUUUUUGGAUAGACGUAUUUAAGACAUUUUAUGGGCGUAUUCCAUCAGUAUUUCGAUUUUCAUAUAUAUUACCAGAAUAUGCACAAUCUUUAUUGAAAUCUUAUAAGGUUAUAAUGGAGGAUUCUAGGCAUGGAGCAUUAUCUAUACCAUGGCGUCAUUUUAUUGGUAUACUAUCUGCAGCACUAUAUAAAAAUGAUUAUAUGGUAAAAUUAGAAAUGCAAAUGUUUUUGAUUAAUAAAGGCUCAGUAGAAUGGCUAACUAAAGGUACUAAUUCAUUACCUUGUAAAUUACAAAAUCUGACUGAAUUCAUUAAUUUCCUGGCAUUUGAUCCUGCAAAUAUACCAUAUGAUAUUAUGAAUGGUUUAUUAGGGGUUAGAUCUGGUAUACAAGGGUGGACAAUAACAGAAUUAUGUCAUGUAUUAUGUGUAGUAACAACUAUUCAAUCAAUGUCACAAUUAGCAUCAGCUUUUGGAUUAACUUCAAUGGAUCAUUGGGAUUUGGGAUGUGAUCCAUUGGAGGGUUUAGAAUGUGAUGGUGAUACACGUUAUAAACCAAUUCCUGAAUAUAAAAUUGAAGUUAGUAUAUACGAGAAUUCGACUGUAUAUAGUUCUUCAGAAGUACCAAAGAAAUUUAAUUUAAUUUCUGGAGAUAAUUCAAGCUAUUAUAAUCAAUUACUUGCAGAAUAUGUAGAUUUGACUAAUUUACUUAAUAAUAAAUGUGAACCUGAGUGUUCAACAAAUAAAAAUGAUAAUAUACUGAUAUAUAAUAUUAAGAAAUCUGAAAUAUCAAAUACAUUAUCACAUAUCUUUCCAUGGUUUUCAUUUAACUUUUUAAGUUCUGUAUUAGAAAGAUUUAAUAAAGAGUCAUUAUCUAAAAUUUUUUUAACUUCUGGAAAUAACCAAGAUAAAAAUAAUAUUAAGAGUAAUAAUGCACUUCCUUGUAAAUCUUUGGUUAGUAUUCCAGUAUAUAGUAAAUCUCAAAAUAUAUUUGAAAAACCCUUUGAGAGUAAAGUUUGUGAUUCAGAUUUUUAUUUAAACUCAGAAAAUAAUAUAAUUCAAAGUAAACCUAAUAAAAAUCAUAUUGGAAUUGAUUCUUCAAAGUUAGAAACAGAUAGCAUCGAGAUUUGUAAUAUAUAUGAGAAAUCUUUUGAUCAUCUUAUUCGUUUAUUAGAACGUUUUCCUCCACAAGGAGAUAUUGAUAGUAUUAGUAGAGAUCAGAUUUCCCAAUUUCGUUCAAAUACAGCUCGUUAUAAAACUGAUAAGUUUUUAUUAGCCUCUGUUAUGCAAGCAAAGCCUUCUCACACCUUUGAACCGCUAUCAAUGAGAUUUAUUUUAAGUACAAAAGUACAAAGUGAGGAUUUAUCACAUGAUAGUAUAAAUACAGCUAAUUCCCAUAAGUUUGUUAAUAAAAAAAAGUGUAAUUCUUGGAAUCACACACCACUCUCUAUACCAGCUAGAUUUUCUAUACAAACACAGGAUUAUGAAUUUUAUUCAGAUACAGCAUGGACAAUUUUAUCUACUUAUUCUUAUGAUGCUUCUAUAUGUAUUAAAAAUGAAUUGGAUACUGUUUUAUUUAUCUGUGGAAAUAAAAUGAAUACAAUCCAAGAUAAAUUCAAAGUUCCAACUACAAAUCCAAUUAGAUCAGCUUUGUGGAAUUAUGUCUUCAAGUUAUGUGGUAUUACUAAAUCAGAUGCUUUUGAGACAAUAUAUAAUAGUUUUCUUCCUGUAGGACUAAAAAUUUUAUUAAAGAAGGUUAUAUGUUUUCCACAUAAAAUAUUGAGGUCAGAUUUUGAGAGAUGUAGGACCACUUUUUCUUAUAGAGAACUUAUAUACUUUAUAAUUGUAGCAUGCAAAGCGAAACAGGCUGCAACUACUACUUGUGCCAUACAGGUAAUUGCUCAAAUUAUGAAGGUAUAA